AUGUCGGCGAUCAGAACCUGCUCGCCCCCUUCUGGCAGCGGUGGCGAAGCAGCACGACAGCGGUUACCGAAGAUCGAUAGACGACGACGAACGUACGAGUCAGCAAUGGAGCUGCUACUCGUUGUGACCGAAGGAAUCAGACAGCGCGAUGUCAUUAUAGCAUGCCGGAAAAGACUCCAUGAGAACGAUAACGACAAUGAGCUCUACAGUGAGCCUACAGUGGGAAACUGGAAUAUAUUCUCACUCAGAGGGAAAGAGCAGGAGUUAAUUGAUGAAGCCAUAAGGUACCAAGGCUCUGAAACCCUUAACCUCUGCUGGUGGAAGCCAUUCUACUCAGGCGUUGGCAUCACAAUGAGCGCUCAGGCCAGUGUUGGUGCUCUAGUAGAACCCAACCUGUAUCACAGAAUCACUGAAUGGGAGCCUGUGGAAGGAAGAGUGGCAAUCAUCCGGCUACAGCCACAACAGACUAUUGCCUUGUUACAGACGUUAAAGCCCAGCUUGGAAGGAGAAUAUGACUCCUUCCUCGAGAAAGUAAGGCUGUUCUGA